AUGAAUCCGAAGAGAGUGGCUCAAUUGCCUGUACACAAUGAAGCUACACUUCCACCACAAGAAAUCAUCGAUCUUUUCAAGAUAAGUUUCUUGGAAGAGCUGUAUCCCAAAGAUCAAGACGAAGAAAAGUCUCCAUUGAGUGACAAAAUACAAGCAGUCAAAUCUGACCUUUAUAAUAGAGAUUAUAAUGCCGCUUUCAACAGCGAAGCUAAAAGAAUAGCAUAUUGUUGUCGUUGGUCACCUUCUAGGGCAACAGGUUAUGCUUCAGUGUUUGCACAUUUCCCUGAGCUCCUGAAGGUCAUCAGGUGCGAGAUAGAAGAUAAAGAUUCGAACGUGUUGUGCGUCGGAGGCGGUGCUGGUGGUGAGUUGGUUGCAUUAGCAAGCAUAUUCACUUUGUCGAGAGAUUUUUCAUCUAAAUUCGCUACUGCUUUGAAAAUAAACAACGAAGAAACUAUAAAACCUAGAAAGCUAAACAUACAAUUAGUGGACAUCGCUAACUGGUCCUCUGUUGUUGAAAAGCUAACAACUACAAUAAAAUCGAAAUGGUUAUAUGAUGAUCUAGCAGCAGAAUCAUUCAAUGUCAAUUACGUCCAUAAAGACUGUUUACAAAUGACAGAACCACACGAUCUCAAAAUGUACCAGGGGCUUGAUCUUAUAACUUUGCUUUUUACUACAAAUGAAUUAUUUACACAGAAGAAAGUUGAAAGUAUCAAAUUUCUACAACGAUUGAACGAGAACUGCACCCCUGGUUGCCAUCUUCUCAUUCUGGAAAGUGCAGGAAGCUAUUCUCACAUUUCAAUCAACAACAAGAAAUUUCCAAUCCAAUUUCUAAUCGACACUAUCUUAGUGGGCAAUAAAAAGGACAAAAGUUCGACGGGUCCAUGGUCAUUGGUGUCGGAAAGCGACAGUAUUUGGUACAGAAUAGAUUCAAAACUCGACUACUCCAUUCCGCUGGAAAACAUGCGUUUCUUCUACCGCCUUUACGUCAAGAAUUGA